GUCAGUUUUGAGACAUCGUCAACUGUUUAAUCAUUAAUAUGUCUACUCUUUGAUAUUUGGCUGUUAAGAUCGUCUGUUCUUUGACAGUAUAGUUUUAGAAAGUAGUUUUUGCACGAAAUUGUUUUUUGGCUUGGACAAUGUUUGCUACAAUCUUUGCUUUUGCACUUGUAGCUACAUACGCCGUUGCGGAAAUACCUUCCUUCAUUCACGUUUGCAGUCGCAAUGAUCCAAAAAUUGAACAAUGUAUUGUGAAUAAUAUUAACAAUUUGAAGAGUAAAAUCUGCAAAGGAAUACCGGAAUUGGAUAUUCCGUCGAAUGAUCCAUUUGUUGUGGAGAAAAUUGUUCUUGUCGAGGCAUCCGACAUCAAAUUAUACAUAAAAAAUGCGCAAAUAACAGGUUUCUGCGAGUUCGAAAUAAAAUAUUUUCGUGCAGAUAUUGAUAAUUUACACUACUAUAUUGAGCUUACAUUCGACCAGAUUCAAGGAAACACCACUUAUGAUUUCGACAUACGUUUACUGGUACCCAUUGCACGUGAAGGAUUCCUUUACUUUUCUGCAGAUAACGUAGGAGCAAAAGUAAACAUGGACUUUAAAAUAGUAACCAAAAAUGGCAAGAAAUACACGUACUUGUCAAAGAUCAAGAUCAAUAUGGAUAUAAAAAACUAUGACGUUCUGUACGACGUGAACGACGAGCAAUCUGCUCAAUUGAAUAAAAUUAUUCAUAACUUUGUAGGCCAGAAUCAACAAGAGAUUAUAAAAAAUCUUAAGCCGACACUGGAAGAGGUGGUCUCCAAACGAAUUAUCUCGAUUGCCAAUGAUAUAGUUAAACACUUCACUUAUGACGAGCUUUUCCCAGAAUAAAUGUAAAUGGUUUGAAAUUUUAACAUUCAUUCUUAUAAGAUUAUGUCGAGUAUUACGCAAUCUUUUUAAAGACUAAAGUUUGUAACAAUGCUUUAAAAUUAACAAUACAAAGAAUAUAAUUGUCUAUCGAUAACGGAAACUGACGUAUAACGACAAUAGACGUCUAACGACUAUUGUAAUUAUUGCUAUCAUAGAUUUAUACAAAGUACUAAUAUUUAUUUUUAUAGAGAAACAUUUGAAAAAUGAGAAAAAAAGAUGUUUGCUACUAUCUUAUUUUGAACGUGA